GUGGGUCAGAAUCUAACCCGGCCCGCUGCAGCAAGGACUGAGCCUAUGUACAUGGGCGCAUGCUCAACCCGGUUGAGCUACCAAGGUGCCCCCAAACACAAACAAGCAAGUUACAUUUUCAUUGCAUAAGCUUUCCCUCUCUUUAUUUCUGUGUAUAAACAAAACUUAAGGAAACAAGGUUUACACUUUUAAGUUUCAUUUUCCCCAGAAUCUAUAGUCAUGAUGAGUCAUUUUACAAGCUGUUUGUAUACUGUGCAGAUCAGCUGUUGUCUCAUCUCUUCCUCAGCCACCAGCAACACUGACACUGACAGGAUGGCACAGCCAGAGUGGACAUGUAUCUUCCAGAUGAAAACAAAAGAUCUUAAACAAGGAGACACCUGGCGUCUGGAGUUUGAUGAAAUUAUUGUACCUGACUGCCCAAACCCAGGCUGGGAGCAGUACAUCAGGAACACAUGUGCAAGGUUCAAAUGCACCAAGUGUGGAAGAGGCUGGCCUUCCAACCGGGUGAUGGUGGUCUUUCACAUGCGCCUGACAUCCGGGCAUGGCGUUGUCAAGGUGAGGCCCUUCUGUCAGAAUUGCAAGCAGUGCAGCGAUGCUCCAAUGGAGAAGCCCAAAAUCACCUCAGAGAACAUCGACAUCCUCCUGGAGAAUCUGGUGGAGAAGAUAAGAAUCAAAUGCUACCAUGAAGACCUGGGCAAAGGACACAGGCCUUUUAUUAGCCUGGAUGUCAAAAGUCCCCAUGAGCCUGCUCAUUGUGAGGCCUGCAUAGCAGGCAUCUGUACAAGGAAUUGAGCUUGUGUGGCUUUUAAGACAGCCUUGUUAAUAACUUAAAAGAAUAAUUAUUAUUUGUUAGCUCAUAUUAACAAAGCAUUAUAAGACUUCCUCCUGUUAUUCUGUUUCAUUGCAUUGUGCCCUUUAUAUAUAUAUACAGUGCCUUGCGAAAGUAUUCGGCCCCCUUGAACGUUUCGACC